AUGGCAUCAACAAGUGCCGAUUCCCAAUCUAACAUAGCUCAAAAGACAUGGGUUAUGGCUAACAAUAUCGAAACGGUUUCCAGUGUGGAUGAAAUUUAUCGUUAUGAUAAAAAACAACAACAAGAUAUUCUUGCAGCUAAACCAUGGGAAAAAGAUCCUCAUUUCUUCAAAGACAUUAAAAUCUCUGCUCUAGCGUUGUUGAAAAUGGUCAUGCACGCGAGAUCUGGGGGUACUUUGGAAGUAAUGGGAUUAUUGCUUGGUAAAGUGGAUGCAAACACUAUGAUAGUAAUGGAUUCCUUUGCUUUGCCAGUAGAGGGUACUGAAACCAGAGUCAAUGCUCAGGCACAAGCCUAUGAGUAUAUGACAGCUUAUAUUGAGGCAGCUAAACAGGUUGGUCGACAUGAGAAUGCAAUUGGAUGGUACCAUAGUCAUCCUGGCUAUGGCUGCUGGCUGUCUGGCAUUGAUGUUUCCACUCAAAUGCUGAACCAAAACUUCCAAGAGCCUUUUGUGGCUAUUGUCAUUGACCCAGUUAGAACUAUUUCUGCAGGAAAAGUGUGCCUUGGAGCCUUCAGAACUUAUCCCAAGGGGUAUAAACCAGCAAAUGAAGAACCUUCUGAAUACCAAACCAUUCCUCUGAACAAGAUUGAAGAUUUUGGUGUGCAUUGCAAGCAGUACUAUUCACUUGAAGUGUCAUACUUCAAGUCAUCUUUGGACAGAAGGCUUCUUGACUCCUUGUGGAACAAGUACUGGGUUAAUACCCUGAGCAGUUCUAGUCUCAUCACCAAUUCUGACUACACAACUGGACAAAUAUUUGAUCUCUCCGAUAAACUUGAGCAGAGUGAAGUUUUCCUCAACCGCGGUGGUUUCUUAGUAUCGGUGACUGACCCACAUGAGAAGCGAUCUGAAGAUAAACUGAGCAAGGCAACAAAAGACGCCUGCAAGACCACCAUAGAAGUGAUCCAUGGUCUUAUGGCACAGAUGAUCAAAGACAGGCUUUUUAACAGCGUCAGCGGCCGACCUGCGCCCCCUACACCCAUGAUUGAA